AUGCGUGUUUUUGCUCUUGCCACUGGUUUCGCGGCCAUUGUCCAGGCUCCCGCUGUCCGUGCCCAGUACACCCUGAGUAAUAGAUACGAUUCAUCCAACUUCUUCAGCACUUUUGACUUCUUUAACGAAGAGGAUCCCACUCACGGAUUCGUCGAGUACGUUGACGCAACCACUGCAAAGUCUCAAGGCCUUGUGGCGUAUGUCGACAAUGCUAUAUACAUGGGCGUCGAUUACAAAACCCAAAAUCCUCAGAACGGUCGCAAAUCUGUCCGCGUGCACUCUCAACAGACUUUCACUCACGGUCUGUUCAUUGCCGACAUUGCUCAUAUGCCGGGAAGUAUUGCGGGGGUAUGGCCCGCGUUCUGGAUGUUUGGACCUGACUGGCCUACAUCGGGCGAGAUCGAUAUAGUGGAGGGCGUAAACACCCAAAUCCAUAAUAGUAUCUAUCUGCAUACUGGGCCGGGCUGUGUCUUCACCAACGAGGGUAGCGACGAGAGCGAUAAUUUACUGGUUCAGGACUGUAGUGCACCGGGAGGCUGUGGUCAGAUUACGGCAGAGAGUCAGAGCUAUGGCGACGGCUUCAAUAGUAUUAAUGGCGGUGUUUAUGCGACUGAGUGGACAUCUGAGUAUAUCGCUGUUUGGUUUUUCCAGCGUGAUCGUAUUCCCGGCGAUAUCCGAUCCGGAGUUCCUGAUCCUUUGUCUUGGGGUCCGGCUACGGCUAGGUUCAACGGUAGUGACGGCUGCCACAUUGAUGAUCACUUCAAAGGCCACCGUAUCGUCUUUGACAUUACGUUUUGUGGCGAUUGGGCUGGCUCUCCUGAGGUGUGGUAUUCAAAUCCUCAGACAGCGGCUCUAGGCGAGUGCAAAAACUACAUCGCUUCCAAUCCAUCCCACCUACGGGAAGCCUACUGGCUCAUCAAGAGCAUCGAAGUGUACCAACAAGGUAGCCAAUAA